AUGGCUUUCAAUCCCGACACUCUCCCCGAUCUCAAGGGCAAAGUAUUUAUAGUCACAGGUGGAAAUUCCGGCAUAGGCUACUACACUGUAGCCCAUCUAGCAGGUCGUGGCGCCCACGUUUAUAUGUGUGCCCGAAUCCCAGAGAAGGGUACAGCAGCCAUCGCCAAUAUCAAGAAAACGUACCCUUCAGCCAAUAUCGACCUCCUACAAAUGGACCUUAUGGACCUCACCAGCGUCGUCGCAGCCGCCAAGAACUUCCUCACCCUCGAAACAGCCCUGCACAGCCUGGUCAACAACGCAGGCAUUAUGGCGACGCCCUUUGAAAUGACCAAAGACGGCCAUGAGGCCCAGUGGCAGACCAAUUACAUCGCGCACUGGGUUUUGACGAAGCACCUGCUUCCCUUGAUGCUACGGACGGCCAAGACACUUUCUCCCGGCAGCGUGCGCAUCGUCAACCUGUCUUCAUCGGGUCACCUGGCCGCACCCAAGAGUGGCAUCAAUUUCAAGGACCUAUCGCUCAAGGAUAGCGGCCCGUGGCCGCGGUACGGACAGAGCAAGCUCGCCAAUAUUCUGCACACCAAGACUCUGCACAAGAUGUACGGCCCGGGCUCUCCCAAUGCGCAGAACGAGGAGGGUGAGAUCUGGGUUUCGUCCGUGCAUCCAGGUAUGGUUGAGACGAACCUCGCCACGUCAGUGGGGGAGUCGGGUUCGGGCAUGAUGAGUGUUUUCUCGGUUUUACGUAUGUUUGGAUUGAUAUGGCCUGCCGAUAAGGGGUCAUGGACCAGUUUGUUCUGUGCAGCCAGUGGGGAUAUGAAGGCGGAGCAGAGCGGCACGUAUUUCGAAAUUUUCGGGCGUUUUGGGGAGCCGAGGUGGCAGAGCGGUGCGGCGAAGGAUCGGAAGCUUGCAGAGAAGUUAGAGAAGUGGACUGAGGAGAUGAUGAGGAAGGAAGGGUGGGUUCGGUAA